UUGAGAGAGUGAAGAGAAGCCCAAUUCAAAAAGGAAGGGAAAAAAGCGGCAGAAAUUAGAGAGAGAGAUGGUGUGAGAUGCAGGGGCUCCACCAUCAACAGCAACAGUUAGCUGCGCUGCUAGCAGCAGGUCUUCCAGAGGAUGAAUCCUCUGAUUCUGACGAUUCUCGUAUCUCUGCUAUAAAUUCUCUUCACCAUGCGAUUAUUCACCCUCAUAAUCUCUUACUUGUCGCCCGAUCUUCUUCCUUCCUUUCUCAGGGUCUCUCUCAACUACUCUCAGAUAAAUCAUACUCAGUGAGGAGGGCAGCAGUCACUGCUUAUGGUUCUCUGUGUUCAGUGGUUUGCUCCCCCCAAAUGUCAUCAAAUGGGUUACAGUCUCCUACCGUUAGUGGGGGUCUUGCUGAACGAUUCAUGGCAUGGGCCUUACCCCAAUUUAGAGAUAUUAGCAUUGAUAAUGGAGCAGCAGCUGAACUGGCAUUCGAAGGGCUCCUUGAAUUCUUUGGCUCUGGUGAGGCCGGUGGAAUUGAGCUCUAUGUUCUCCCUACUCUUAAAGCAUGCCAAGAACUACUUGAGGAUGAAAGAACCUCCUUGAAUCUUCUUCGUAAACUUUUGGGCCUUCUAACUAUUGUUUCUGUGAAGUUUAGCCGGAGUUUUCAGUCGCAUUUCAUAGACAUUGUGGACCUUCUUCUUGGAUGGGCUUUGGUACCUGACCUGUCGGAAUCAGAUAGAUGUAUAAUAAUGGGUACUUUCUUACAGUUUCAGAAGCAUUGGUCGGUUAAUUCACAGUUUUCAUUGGGUUUAUUGGCAAAGUUUUUGGGUGACAUGGAAGUUGUUCUGUUGGAUGGCACACCCGUUACACCUCAACAGUUUCGUAGACUGCUUGCUCUGCUAUCUUGUUUCUUAACUGUGUUGCAGGCCACAGCUAGUGGUAUGUUAGAAAUGAAUUUGCUUGCGAAAAUUUGCGAACCCCUUCAAAGCAUGAGUCCUCAGUUAUUGUCAUGCCUUUCAAUGAUGGGUGAGAAAUUCGGAUGGUCAAAAUGGGUUAAAGAGUCUUGUAGGUGCUUGAUGUUAUUAGCUGAUAUAUUGCGAGAGAGAUUUUCGAACUUUUAUAUCCUCGUUGUUGAUAUCCUAUUUCAGAACUUGAGGGAGAACAAUGGGCAUUCAGAGGAAUUUCACAAGGUACCUUUGUUUCAGGUUCAUGGUGUUCUCAAAGCAAAUUUGCAGCUAAUGUCUUUGCAAAAGCUCUGCCUUCCUCCUUCAGCUGUUAAAAAAUUACUUUGUUUCGAUUCACCUUUAUCUAGGCUUCGUUUGCACCCAAGCCAUCUUGUGACUGGAAUUAUAGCUGCCACUUAUCUUUUGCUUCUUCAGCAUGGCUGUAGGGGGGUUGUUGAUCAGGCCCUUGCCUCUUUAAUGGAAGAGCUCAACCUGUUACAGAGUGUGCUUGAAAAGAACCUGAAUUGCUGUGAUCAGUUCAUUCAUGGUUAUUCAGAACUUGAGCUAUUGGCAUUGAUAAAAUUUGAUUUAAAAAUAUUAUUAAGUUCUGUUUGUUUGAAUGCUCCAGGGGGUUUGCUGAGCCAAGUGGAAGUUGUGAGAUCCAAACAUGAGAGAUCAGUGAAAUUGGCAUCAUUUAUAUUUGAAAAGUUGGAUCCUUUUAGGGCGCCAUUCCAAAGUUUCUUGGACCUUCAAGUCCAUACUUUGAGCGUGUUGAGGAAGCUUAGUGAAGUUGAAUUUUUGAGCAAACAUACUCUUAAUCAACAAUCUAGAAAGACUGGAACUUCUAAUGAAAUUGGCAGUGAUUUUCAUUCUGUGGUGACUUUCAAAAAAGAAAUCUCUUUUGAGAUUGUUGGGUAUCUGAGAAAAUAUUCUGGUUACAUCGUUAGAGCUCUCCAUUCUAUGUCCCCUCUAACAGUCAAAUUGGAAGCCUUUGAGUGGCUCAGAAGCUUUUGUGGGGCUGUCAUGGCAGUCUUAUCAGAUGCUAAUAUGAAUCCUUCGUUUAAUCAAACUGAUUCCUUUUACAAAGCUUCUUGGCAAGCUAGCAUAGGCAGUGACUUUCUUUCCUCAAUUUUGGAUGCAGCAUCAGAUAGAGAGGUUAAAGUGAGAUCUCAGGUGGCAUCUAUCUUGGAACUUCUCCUUCAAGCACGUCUCAUCUCUCCUGAAUGCUUCUACUCUGUUGCAGAACUUGCUCUUGAAAAGCUCGGGGACCCAAAUAUUGAUACAAAAACGGCUUUUCUUCGAGUAAUUUCUCUGUUUCUCCCUAUGGCAAUUUAUACGUGUGGUUGUUUAGAGGAUAAAGUCAGGAACUCAUUCAGUCCUGCUCCUUCUAACUUUAGAUUGCGGAGCAGAUGUCACUGGCACUGGAAACUAAUCUUUGCACUCAAGCAACUUCCUCAUCAACUCACGUCUCAACAAUUUGUUACCAUUUUGAGUUACGUAUGUCAGAGAUGGAAAGUCCCACUCUCUAAUUGGAUACUGCGCCUUCUCUUUAGCUCCCUGAAAAGUUCAAAGGACUCAUUUUCAGGCCAACUAGAAGAUAGUGGAAAGCUUGGUCAUGAUGGCAUAUUGAUGAAUGUAAAACUGGAGUCGAAGAUGCUUGAAAAGAUUUGUUUGGCGAAUUGUCUUGCAGCUGCUUGGUGGUCUAUACAUGAAGCAGCUAGACAUUGCAUAACUGUUCGUCUUCGAACCCACCUUGGUGGACCAACCCAAACCUUUGCAGCUCUUGAGCGAAUGCUCUUGGACAUAGCCCAUAAUUUGAAACUUGACACUGAGCCAGGUGAAGGUGGCAUUAUCAUUGGUUCCCCAACUGUGCAUUUGUUACCCAUGAGGCUUUUGCUAGACUUUGUGGAGGCGUUAAAGAAAAACACUUACAAUGCUUAUGAGGGAUCUUAUGUCAUGCCUUCUGCAAGUCUUCAGAGCGAAUUGUUCUUUCGUGCAAACAAAAAGGUUUGUGAGGAGUGGUUUUCUCGGAUGUGUGAGCCGAUGAUGAAUGCAGGAUUGGCAUUACAGUGUCAUUCUGCUGUCCUUCAUUACAGUUCAUCUCGUUUGCUGGAUCUCCGAAAUGUGGUGGUCUCAUCAUUAAAGGACAAACCAAGGGCACAACUGACCGAGAUUUUACAUUCUCUUAGGGCUAAGAUUGGAGGUGAUGUUCUGAGGGUCCUGAGACAUUUGGCCCUUUCAAUGUGUCGGUGUCGAGAACCAGAUGCAUUGGCUGGCCUGCAAAAAUGGGCAGUGGCUACAUUUUUUUCUGUGCUUUUGGAUGAUACCCAACAUGGAUCAGGGCCAACAGGAAGUUUUGGACCAUUUUCAUGGAUAACAGGGCUUAUAUACCAAGCUCAUGGCCAAUAUGAGAAGGCAGCUGCUCACUUUUCAGUUCUACUUCAGUCUGAAGAGGCCCUCAGUUCCAUGGGUUCCGAUGGUGUACAAUUUAUAAUUGCACGAGCCCUAGAGUGCUUUACUGCACUGUCUGAUUGGAAGUCUUUAGAAGCGUGGUUGAUGGAACUCCAAGCACUUCGUGCCAGGCAUGCUGGUAAAGGGUACUGUGGUGCCCUAACAACUGCUGGUAAUGAAAUCAAUGCUAUUCAUGCAUUGUCUCGUUUUGAUGAGGGAGACAUACAUGGGUCAUGGAGCUACCUCGAUCUGACUCCUAAAAGUAGCAAUGAACUCACAGUUGAUCCCAAACAGGCAUUACAUAGAAGUGAACAAUUGCUUCUUCAAGCCAUGCUCUAUAAAGAUGUGAAUGAGGUUAAAAUGGCAGAGGAGAUUGAGAAGGCUAAGCUAAUGUUGGACGAGCCUUUGUCGGUUCUUUCGUUAGAUGGGUUACCUGAAGCAGUGGGCUAUGCAGUGCAACUCCACUGCAUUUAUGCAUUUGAAGAGGGUUGCAAGCAUCUGAGCAUCCCAAUUGGAUCAAAUCCUAAGCAACUUCCAGCAAUGAUGAGCUCGUUAUAUCAAGUUGUGCACUACCCAAUUAACAAAGUUUAUGAAGAUUGCAGUUUAUGGAUAAAGAUUUUGCGGGUUUUUCGUUCUGUGUCCCCUAACUCAGAAUUGACCCUGAAGCUUUUCCAGCAAUUGAUUACUUUAGCUCGAAAGCAGAGGAAUUUUAUGUUGGCACACCGUCUACUGGAAAACCUGACGAGUAAUCUCUCAGUAGAUGCCAAUGGUGCAUUGGAAGGUCUGUUCAUCACAAAUUUGCAAUAUGAACGUAUUCUACUUAUGAAUGCUGAGGAGAAAUAUGAGGAUGCUGUGAGAAGUCUCUGGUCAUUGUUGUGCCCUUAUAUUCUCUCUCCUGGGAAUGUGGUUUCUGACUCUAACAAUGUUAUGAAAGCCAAGGCAUGUUUGAAACUUUCAUCUUGGUUGCUUGAAAAGGAUCCCAAAAUAAAUUGGGAAAAUAUUUACCUUAAGAUACGAGAAGAUUAUCAAAGUUUCAGGGUUACUGGUAUUUCAGAUUCCGAAGGUACUGGACUUUCAGAUACAAAUUCGAGUUUGUUUCUUGAAGAUAUUGCUGGUGCUGCUACAAAAUUGUCAUCUAUUCUUUGUCCCACAAUGGGUAAAUCUUGGCUCUCUUAUGCCUCUUGGUGUUAUAAUCGAGCUAAAAAGUAUCUAUCUGCUGAUGAUAGGGUUCUUGAAUCAUGCACUCUGUUGCCAACUCUUCUUCCUGAAAUUUCCUUGGACCAAUCUGGAUUGACUGAAGAAGAGGUCACAAAAGUGAAUGCUAUUGUAAGAAACCUUCUCCUCAGUAGCCGGGUUCGAAAAGAAACUAAUAUAGUUGAUGAGGAAGUGAUUGUUUGGGCAGAUACUGAACCUCCUUUGGAGAAUGGGAAGGAUGUAAAAGGUUUGGUUCAGAAAGCAAUACAUUUGAUUCAAACUGCAGCUGGAGCACCUGGAAGUGAAAGCAUUUCUUGUGAAAGUCUUCCUUCAAUGCUUUCUUCUCAGUUGCAGCAAGCUUUCCUUACUGCAAAUAUUGGCAUAGAACAUUCUUAUGUUUUAUCCUCAGUGCGUGAAUUGGUCAAUAUUUUUUUUUCUGUGAGGAGAAGAAAGGUUUUACUGUUUGGUCAUGCUGCUCAUGGUUAUUUGCAAUAUCUUUCUCAUUCCACUUCUAAAUUUCAUGAAGAUGGUUACUCUGAUGGUCUCCAUCUUGAUUUAACAAAGCAAAAGCAAGAGAGCUGCUGUCUUAGAGCGACAUUAUAUGUUCUACAUGUUCUUCUGAACUAUGGAGUGGAGUUAAGAGACAUGCUGGAACAUGGUCUUGCCACUGUUCCUCCACUCCCAUGGCAGGAAAUUACACCUCAACUGUUUGCUCGUCUUUCUUCUCACCCAGAGCAAGUGGUUCGGAAACAGCUAGAGGGUUUAUUGAUGACACUAGCCAAACUCACUCCCUGGUCUAUAGUGUAUCCUACUCUUGUUGAUAUAAAUGCCUAUGAAGGGGAACCAUCUGAGGAACUUCAACGCAUAUUGGGCUGUUUGGAUAAGCUCCAUCCAGAACUAGUGAAAGAUGUUCAAAUGGUGAUAAAUGGACUCGGGAUGCUUACAGUUCUUUGGGAGGAGCAGUGGCUCAGUACGCUUCAGGAUCUUCAUACUGAUGUCAUACGACGUGUCAGCCUUCUUAAAGAGGAGGCGGCACGAGUGGCCGAGAAUGCUACUCUCAGUGUAAGUGAAAAGGCCAAGAUAAAUGCUGCCAAAUACUCAGCUAUGAUGGCACCUGUCAUUGUCGCUGUAGAGCGUCGUCUAGCUUCUACUUCUCGUACACCAGAUACUCCUCAUGAAGUCUGGUUUCAAAAGGAGUAUGGGGAACAGCUUAAAUCUGCCAUUGCAACUUUUAAAAGACCCCCCAUAUCUACAGCUGCACUUGGAGAUGUAUGGAGGCCAUUUGAUGCUAUUGCAGCAUCCUUAGCAACCCACCAAAAAAGAUCGUCAUUAUCUUUAUCUGAUGCUGCUCCCCAGUUGGCACAUCUCUCAUCUUCCAACGUGCCUAUGCCUGGUCUUGAGAAACAAAUAUCAUUAUAUGGUUCUGAUGGUGAUCAAAGAGCAGAGCUCCAUGGCAUUGUUACUAUAUCUUCUUUUUGCGAGCAAGUGACUAUCUUGUCGACAAAGACAAAGCCUAAGAAGUUGGGACUUAUAGGCUCUGAUGGUCAAAAGUAUACCUAUCUUCUAAAGGGCCGAGAAGACCUCCGUCUUGAUGCAAGAAUUAUGCAGUUAUUGCAAGCUAUUAAUGGGUUUUUGUCAUCUGGCAGUAAUAUUCGUGCACGUUUACUUGCUGUACGUUAUUAUUCUGUGACUCCUAUAAGUGGUAGGGCUGGUCUUAUUCAGUGGGUUGAUGAUGUGGUUAGUAUAUACAGUGUCUUCAAAUCUUGGCAAAGUCGUAUUCAGCUUGCACAGAUGGCAAAUAGUAGUAACCUGGGCAACACUAUUCCACCUGUUCCGAGGCCUAGUGACAUGUUUUACGGUAAGAUUAUACCUGCACUUAAAGAGAAGGGCAUAAGGAGGGUUAUCUCACGAAGGGAUUGGCCUCAUGAAGUCAAAAGAAAGGUUCUGGUGGACCUCAUGAAAGAGACUCCUAGACAACUUCUUUACCGUGAAAUAUGGUGUGCUAGUGAAGGUUUCAAAGCUUUCAGCUCAAAGCUAAAGAGAUUUUCUGGCAGUGUAGCAGCCAUGAGCAUGGUGGGGCACAUAUUGGGCCUUGGAGAUAGACACUUAGAUAAUAUUCUUAUGGAUUUCAGCACUGGGGAUGUUGUCCAUAUUGAUUACAAUGUAUGCUUCGAUAAAGGACAGCGACUGAAGAUACCUGAGAUUGUUCCUUUCCGCCUCACCCAGACCAUGGAAGCAGCUUUAGGUCUGACAGGAAUUGAGGGCACAUUUAGAGCAAACUGUGAGUCAGUUAUUGGUGUUCUGAGGAAGAAUAAAGACAUUAUAUUAAUGUUACUGGAGGUUUUUGUAUGGGAUCCUCUGGUAGAAUGGACACGUGGCGAUGGCCAUGAUGAGGCAACCAUCGGUGGUGAAGAAAGAAAGGGAAUGGAAUUGGCAGUUAGUUUAAGUUUAUUUGCUUCUCGAGUACAAGAAAUACGUGUUCCUUUGCAGGAACAUCAUGACCUGUUGCUUGCUACUAUACCUGCAGCUGAAUCUGCUUUAGAGAGGUUCGCUGAAGUGAUCAACAAGUAUGAAAUUGCAUCAGCAUUCUUUUAUCAUGCAGAUCAAGAGAGAUCAAGUCUUCUUUUACAUGAGGCUUCUGCAAAGUCAGUUGUUGCAGAAGCAACUUGCAACACUGAGAAAACACGUGCCACUUUUGAGGUGCAAGCUCGGGAGUUUGCCCAAGCAAAAGCAGUGGCAGCCGAGAAUGCCCAAGAAGCAGGUUUGUGGGUUGACCACCAUGGGCGAGUUAUCGAUGCACUACGAAGUGGUUCUAUUCCUGAUCUUCAGGAAAGCUUGAGACUUAGUAGCUCAGGUGAGGCUUUAUCUCUUAUAUCUGCAGUCCAAGUGGCUGGGGUUCCAUUAACAGUUGUUCCUGAGCCAACCCUAGCACACUGCAGUGAAAUAGACGGGGAAAUUGCACAACUUUCAGCAGAAUGGGAUGAUGGGUUUCAUUGUGCAGUGAAUUCACUUCAGGCCUAUGCUGUGGCAUUACAGAGAAUACUCCCAUUAAAUUAUGUCACAACCAGUAAGGUGCAUAGUUGGGCACAGCUAUUGCAAGUAUCAGUGAAUAACCUUUCAUCUGAUGUUCUUGCUCUAACCAGGAGGCAGGCUGCUGAUCUUAUUGCGAAGGCUAAAGGGGAUAGUACUUUUGAUUCUUCUGUUCAUCAGAGAUAUGAAGCUAUCUGUAUUAAAAUGGACAAAUAUGUAAAAGAAAUAAAGAAAGUUCGGGAGGAGUGUUCUGAACUUGAGGAAUCUAUUGAAUCAGAGACUGAAACAAAGUCUAAGGACCGGCUUUUAUCUGCUUUCACUAAGUACAUGCCACCCACAAAUCAAUUGAGGAGAGAUGAGGAUGUCUCUGGUCUGGUUUUAGUUCAAAGCAAACAUAAUGAUGAGACAAAAGAUCCCCAAAUGGUAGCUGUGGAGAUUGAAGAGAAGAGGGCGAAGGUGUUGUCUGUUUUACACAUUGCAGCAAGAGAGAUGUAUAUUGAGGUCAAAGAGAAACUGUUGGGGCUCCCGAGUACUAUUACUGAAAGACCUUUCAUAGUGUCCGGGGAAGAUGGGUUGCACCAUAAUUCAAAAAUUAGUUUCUCUGAGUUAGAAGAGCAAAUUGAAAAGUGUGUACUUGUUGCUGGGGUUGUGAAUGAAGUCCAGCAUUUCAGUGGCUUGAAAUUUCCUAGAAGAGGCUUUGACUAUCCACUAGAUGGAAAUUGGGCUUCUGGUUUCCGAACUAGCAUACUUGCUUGUAGGAGCUUGAUCGACCAGAUGAUUGACUCAGUUCUUCCAGAUUUAAUAAGGUCAGUCAUUUCUUAUGAUACAGCAGUAAUGGAUGCUUUUGGUUUCCUAUCACAGAUUCGUGGUUCUGUUGAUACGGCAGUGGAGCAGCUCAUUGAAGUUGAGUUGGAGAAAAUGUCAUUAAUGGACCUGGAAGAGAACUACUUUGUAAAAGUUGGAUUGAUUACAGAGCAGCAAUUGGCACUUGAAGAGGCAGCUGUGAAGGGUAGAGAUAAUCUCUCUUGGGAAGAGGCAGAAGAGCUUGCCACUCAAGAGGAGGCUUGCAGAGCGCAAUUGGACCAACUCCAUCAGACAUGGAACCAGAAAGAUGCGCAUGCUUCUUCCCUCACAAGGAGGGAAACCCAACUCAGAAAUUCAUUGAAUUUGUCAGAAAAGCGUUUCUCAUCACUUACAAAUUUUGAACAAGGUGGUGAUAUGCAUGUGAUGAGAAGCAAUAUUCUUCUGGCUGCAUUGGCUAAUUCCUUUUCUGAACUAGAAUCAAUUGAUCGAAUGCUCUCAUCAUUUGGUACUGGAGAGUCUUACUCAAAAACAAAACCACUGAGCCAGGCAGAGCUUGUUCGGUCUGGAUAUUCUUUAACUGAUUUAAUCUGGAAGGAUGUGCACCUAUUGAAAGAGCAUUCCUUUUUUGUCUGGAGAAUCGGCAUCAUUGACUCUUUCUUUGAUUCAUGUAUUCAUGACUUAACUGCAUCUGCUGAUCAUAAUUUAGGGUUUGAUCAGUUGUAUAGUGCCCAAAAGAAAAAGCUUGAACUUAAGCUCCAAGCUCACUUAGACUGCUACUUAAGAGAAAGGGUUGUACCAGUGCUCUUGGAUACAUUGGACAAAGAAAGCGAGUACCUGCAACUCACUAUUCCAGAGACCAAAGAUGUUGGACCAAAUCAACCAAGGAGAGAGAUUGGAACAGUGAAAAGGGCACAUGCUAUGUUUGAGGAGUAUUGUAAUGCCCAUGAGACAGCUAGGGCAGCGAAGGCAGCUGUUUCUCUAAUGAAAAGGCGGCUAAGAGAACUCUCCCUAAAUCUUCAGAAGGCAUGCCUAGAAGCCGUUCAAUUAGAGUGGCUGCAUGACCUUGGGUUACCUUAUGUACAAGAAACUAGGCUCAUACUUUCAGGUUUUCUUGAUGAUAAUUCUUUAUCACCCAUGAUUCUUGAACUCAAAAGACACAAAAUAUUGGAAGACAUCCAAGUUGGUAUGUCCUCAUUAGCUAGGGCUACUGAUUCUUUGCAAGCAUGUGAGAGAACUGCUGGGUCAGCAGAAGAACCACUUGAGAGAGCCAUGGGAUGGGCUUGUGGGGGCCCAAGUUCUAGUAGUGGCACUGGUAUUGGCUCCACUAAAGUCUCAGGAAUUCCUUCUGAAUUCCAUGAUCACUUGAUUACACGUAAACAGCUCUUAUGGGCAGCUCGAGAACAGGCUUCAGGUAUUAUCAAGAUAUGCUCAUCCUUGUUGGAGUUUGAAGCUUCCAGAGAUGGCCACUUCAGGAUUCCGGGGGAGGCAUCUGCUGGGAGAGCUCCUGAUGAUGGAAGAGUGUGGCAGCAAGUUUACUUUAAUGCUUUAACAAGAUUGGAUAUUACUUUCCAUUCUUUCACACGUGCUGAGCAUGAUUGGAAGCUAGCACAAAGUAGCAUGGAAGCUGCUACUAGUGGCCUGUUUUCUGCAACCAAUGAACUUUCUAUUGCAUUAGUGAAGGCAAAAUCUGCUUCAGGUGAUAUACAAGGUGUGCUUACUUCCAUGCGAGAUUCUACCUAUGAAGCCGGUGGGGCACUGUCUUCCUUUGGUCGGGUGACACGCGGUCAUACUGCUUUGACCACUGAAUGUGGUUCCAUGUUAGAAGAGGUUCUUGCAAUAACUGACGGGAUACCUGAUAUUUAUGGCUUGGGAAAGGAAGCUGCAACAGUUCACAAAGCCCUUAUGGUAGACCUUACAAAGGCAAAUUCUAUCUUGCUUCCUCUUGAAUCAAUGUUAGUGUCAGAUGUGGCUGCAAUGGCCAAUGUGAUUUCCAGAGAGAGGGAAAGCAAGCUGGAAUUACCUUUGGUUCAGGGCCAAGCGUUAUAUCAAACUUACUGCUUAAAGCUUAGGGAGUCUUGCCAACCUCUGAGAUCGUUGGUGCCAUCACUUUUGCACUCUGUGAAGGAGCUUCUCAUACUGGUGACCAAUUUAGCUCGCAGUGCUAGUCUUCAUGCAGGCAACCUCCACAAGGCACUCGAAGGCCUUGGAGAAAGUCAAGAUGGAAGGUCACAGGGGAUUGUAUUAUCAAGCUCUAAACUGGGGGGGCAUGAUAUCUUCUCCAUUGACGAGGAUAAGAAUUUCAUUCGAAAUGAGGGUGCUUCGGGUUAUACAGUAGAUGAUGACUUCUGUCCUGAAGAUGAGUGGGUAUCACCACCAGAUAGCAUUUAUAGUAGCAGCCCUAGAUCUGGAGUUACCAGUACAGAGAAUGCUACAAUUGGGGGGACUUCAGAUCCUUCAAAUUCAGCAUCUUCAUUCAUCGGUGGUGUCCAUGAAAUCUUAUCAAGUGAGAAACCAGAAACCCAACAGUACAUGGAAGCAUUAAAUGAUGGUAUUUCCUCGUUGGCAAUAACUGAAUCAACCUCACCUCCAAAUACUUCUGAUUCUCAACUGAAACCUUUGAGCAGCCAGCCUGAUCGAGAAUAUAAUUUGGCAGAGGACAUUUCUGUCAAUUAUGAGUCUUUGGGCAAUAAAAAUGAAGUUGUCACAACUGAACAAGACAACGGACGAGGAGGAAACAGCGAUGAUCCGCCGAGUAAUGCAGAUCCUAGCAGUCGAGUCCCCAGAGGCAAAAAUUCUUAUGCAUUAUCAGUUCUGAGACGAGUAGAGAUGAAGCUGGAUGGUCGGGAUAUUGAUGGUGACAGGCAAUUGGACAUAGCAGCACAUGUGGAUCAUCUAAUCAGGCAAGCUACUAGCAUAGACAAUCUAUGUAACAUGUAUGAAGGAUGGACGCCUUGGAUAUGAUGGAAGCAAUUGAAACUGUUCUUGGCUUAUUUCAGUGUUCUGAGGCCGGAAGUAUCGUUAUGCAGCUCUUUGCUUUCAACCUCUUUGUUUGGGCUUCAAGCAACAUUUGCGGAGAUGCGAUCUAAGAAACUGCUAUGCCCUACAAAAGACGACACGGAUCUCAGGACCAAGGGGAUUGUUCCUCAUUUCAAGGGAAUGAAUGCGUUUCCUAUUUACGAUGCUGGCAGACAUAUCAUGACUGCCUUGGAGGGGAAUGCACCAAUCAAUGCAUGGCAUCCCUCCAUAUUUGGAGUACAUAUUGCGAUUCUCACCAUGCUCCAGUGCUCUACCAUCACCACCAAAUUGCUAGGCCAUCAUGCUCUACCUUAUCGAAUGGUGGUGUAAAGCAUGGCUUCGCUUGUAGUCUUGCAGCUAAAGAAGAAGCUUGAGCAACAAUGCAUGUACUAGCUGCAGCAGGUCACCGAGCGUUUAUAUGCUGGUUUGGAUGGAGAAGCCUGAUUUAUUUUAUUUGCCUCAUAGUAAAGCUUAAAGAAGCCAUUUUCUGGCAGUGGUGUAGGAGAUGAGCAAUGACAACUAAACCUGGGCAAGUUACAAAUCGAUGCCUAUUUGGGCAGCAAUAUAGAAAGGUUUUUCUUUUUCUUAGAUAUAUGUUUUUAUUGGGAUGAUUGAAUAUUGUUAAUAUGCAGGGGGUGGGGGUUCUUGUCACAAGGAAUUUUAUUUUGAUGGGAGAAGUUUCCAGAAAUACUCUUAGACAUGAUCGCUGGUAAACUUAUACUAGGCAGAUUGCGACUCACUCAAUUCACAAAAUUAAGUGAUUCAUGAAGAUUUUAAAGUUGAGCAGAAAAUUUGAGUGCAAAAUCGAAAGGUUUUAUAAAA